AUGGCUACGCCUGUGGAUAUCUCACGAGAGGCUGUGAUAAAGAAGAAUAACCGUAAGAAGCUCAGAGCACGACGUAGGGCCCGUUGUGGGCGUGGAGCAGGUGGGUCUUUUAAUGGUGGAAGAGUAGUGAUAGGGUCGGUUCGUAAUCUCAACAUAAAUGCACGACCAUCUGCUUGCUCAAUUAGCUUUAAACUGUCGAUAUUUAAUCCCCCACGCAGAAUGAAGAAUGUUCAAUGGCAGCAUGAUUUACUUGAAGACAGUCUUAGAGCUUCAGGGAUUUCUGGAAUUGAAAUUGGCACAAAGUUGUACGUUUCCGACUUGAAUUUUGGGGUGACCAAAGAAGACAUAAUGGAGUUGUUCUCUGCUGUUGGAGACCUGAAAAGAUUUGCAAUUCAUUAUGACAAAAAUGGCCGUCCAUGUGGCUUGGCAGAGGUGGUAUAUACUCGUAGAAGUGAUGCAUUUGCUGCUCAGAAGCGCUAUAACAAUGUGUUACUGGAUGGGAAGCCAUUGAAGAUUGAAAUUCUUGGUAACAACUAUCACGUGCCAGUUUCUGAACGUAUAAACGUCACUGGACUGUUCUAA